ACAAUAGAAUCACGAACAUUUCCUGUCAUUACGGUAAUACAACUUUCAUCAUCAACCAAAAAUAUCUACACAGUUACCCCGAAAUGCUAAGGGAUUGAUGUGGGUUCUGGUUGGUUAACCUUUUCUUGAAGUAGUAAUGGCUGUCGUCCAUUUUUAAGUUUUCCAUUACCAUCCCUACAAAGAAACGCACACAUUCACCUGUCGAUAUUUACAUAGGAACCUUAAUAAUAUUGCUGCAUACUGCAGUAUAGCAGUCGGCGAUAAUCUGUCCUACAAGGACGUGCGUUAACCACGGAGGGCAGGCAAUUAGUUGCACCUGCAACACCGUGAAGUUUUCAUUAACAUUAAACUGUAGGGAUGUUAUGAAGCAUCGGAGCGCGUGUUGUUGAAGGAAUUUCUUUCUUCGCCGCAUUGCUUAAGGUCUUAUGAUAGUUAAGUGAAACUUAAAGACCGUACUAUUGUUUAACAAUUAACUAUAAGCGUCAAGGCUCGCCGCGUAAUUGGCAAGGAGGAUGACCGAGCAAGACCUUUGGGUGCACUUCACGCAAGAACAGCUACAAGAAUACCUGGACCUUCUAAAGGAUCCAGAUGCAGCUGCCGGGUAUCUGGCGUCGGUCCUGAAGCUUCACAAAUAUCGCUUUGACGCGCGGGAGGCCAUCCUGCUCGACUAUGCCACCUACUCCUUGGACUUCGCGCACAAGCAGAGCUUCGGUCCGACACGUAAAGCAAGCUGGUACAAUGUAGCGCAUCGUGUUCUACAAACCUGUAUAGGAGGAGCGCCGUACGAGGAAUGCGAGGCGUGCUUUAAGGGCCUUAUGCUACAGCUUGUACGGCCGCGCCCCGGGACGGAUACGCCGUACUUUAGCCCCGACCAGGUCGCCGCCGUGGGCGGCUUCAUGGCUCAUGGCUUGUUUAGGCACUACCGGUUGUACCAGCACGUGUUCUCCACCGAGCAGGCCCACAUCUCAUACACCGCGGAGCUGCAGGUGGAGACGGCGCGUGUGCCGUCCUUUGAGGCGGCCAUGAGCCAGGCGGAGUGGGAUGCAAUGCAUGAGAAGAGGAGGCUGGAGGCGGAGAGGACGAAGAAGGCGGCUGAGGAGGCCGAGGCGGCGAGGCUGGCUGAGGAGGCGAGGCAGGCUGAGGAGGCGGCGAAGAGGUUUGCGGAGGAGGCACGGAAGGCCGAGCUUGCCAAGAAACCCGCCACUCUGGACGAGGCCGUCGCGCAGCUGGUCGCCGUACGGCUGGAGGCGGAGAAGGAAAUCCUCGCGGCCGAGUACCGCGCAAAGGAGGAGGAGAUGCGCGCCAAGAUCACCGAGCUGGAGGAAACGCUGGCAACACGGAAGCCCCCUUCCGCGGGGGGUGCUAAGAAGAAGGAGGCCAAGGAGGCGCGAGAGAAGGAAGCGGCAAGGGAGGCGGCUAAAGAAGCAGCAGCGGCAGGAAGCUAGGGGGUGACCUUCUUUAGCUCAAGAAGACCUCCUCCUCUUGACCUCCUCAAAGACCACCUGGCUAAGCGCGAAGGUUAUUGGCCACGCGCCUCCUAAAGGGGCGAAUUUAAAAGUGGGAAGCGAAAAAUCUCACAUUUCCUUGUUCUCUGUCCCCAUCCCCUUUGGGUUCCCCUUGGUGAUAAAUGAAGAGGAAGGACGGCGAUUUAUUUCCUGAAUGGGACAUCUAGCUAGUCGCCUAAAUAGGACUACACUGUCUGAGGUGUUGAAGGCCAGGGGAGGAGAAGUGAGCGCGAGGUUGAGGACGCGGGGAGGUCACAGAGGGUGACGGACGGGGAAGCAGACUUAGGAGGAAAAAUGGCGGUGAAAUGUGUGUGGUGUUGGUGUGUGGUAUGUGGUGGUAUGUGGUGGUAGUCACUUGAUGUUUGGGGAAAGGUAGAAAGGUCGGGAAAGCGAGCAGAAGAGGUCUUUGUUGUUGUUGCUGUUCCUUCCUCUGCCCUUGCUUCUCCGUUCGUCUUCUCUACCCAGCCAUAGUCAUACCACCCACGGUAAAGCUAAGUACGCAUGUGUCUGCAUACGUCGCCAUAGCUUCGUUCUUUCUGUACGUGAAUGUGUUGACCUGGUCGUAGUGGUCUUGGCCAGGCCGUGUGCCGCUAAGGCAAUUGGUUGUGAAGGCAACAUUCAAGUGGUUCCUUGUGUCUAUCAAACAUGUCCGCUCUGAAACCAUACAACACACAAACCAAAUGCUAAACCCCUGAAAACUGCGCUAGAUUG